AUGAAGAUUCUGGAUGUUAUUGCCUGUUCCGCCUCUAUCGCAGCACUACUGCCGGGAGUGGCACUAGGUGCUCCUAAAGAUGCAAAACCCCUACACUCCCUGGAAUCAGCACAAAACCCAGAAUCCAAUUGGAAGGAAGAGCCUGUCCCUGGCUGGGCACCAAGUAGCAAUGAAGAGGACAUCCCUCCUGAAGAUGAACCAACAUAUGUGGAGGUCAAGGCGUGA